UCUUAUUCGAUUUUAUAUUUAGAAAAAUAUUCUAUUUUAAUAUUCUAUCAGACUGAAAUUCUAGUUCGUUACACUGGAAGUCUGUAAACACUUCGCAAAAUCGAAGCCCUUGCUGGAAUUCCAGCUGUGAGUUGAAUAUGGAUGCUAGAAGCGGUAGUGAAAAUGUGAAUGAUCGGAGAAAUCGACAAAUUGUCAGGCAAACUUAUAGAGCAGUGCAUACUCAGCCUGAUCGCCCUGAGGGUCAGGAUAGGGGUAGCUUCUUGAACGAGUUAGCAGAGGGUACAUCAUGUCCUGAAGUGCAAGAGGUGCCAACCUCUCUUGCCCGGACCAGUAGCUCUGCAUCAUCAUCCGCUUCUGAUCGCGGAGGAGGUACUUCAACUUCUGCUGGCCGCGAACUGUCUCCUAGUCCAUCUGUUGCUUCGCUGUCAUCAGAGAAGUCAACACUUAAUCCACAUGCCAAGGAGUUUAAAUUGAGUGCAAAUGCUAAGAGCUUCACCCCGUUUCAGACACCUAGGCCGUCUUUCUCUAUUGCAGAUAAUUCUGUAUACUAUCCACGUAUGGCUACUGCGACACAUAUGCAUGGCAUGCCAUCUAGUGUCGGGGCUGGACCUUCAUUUGCUGCACAGCCGCCAGUUAUGCAUAAUACACCAGCUGCGCCAAUGCUACAACAAAUUUACAAUCCAAGUGGACCCCAGGCGGUUAAUAGUCGACAACCUAAAUUUACCCACUUCGUAUCACUUCCUUUGGCUAUUUAUCCUGAACUACUUAAGAAACUUGUCGAUUUUAAAAUUGCAGUACUUGGAGAGGCAGCUGCAGACUCUGGAAUUGAGAAGUCCAUAUUUGCUAUACUAGAAUCCAUUCACCUAACUGUUCUCAUGCUGGAGUUAUCGAAUGAGGAGCAGUUUAAAACAGCUACAGAGGCUAUGCAGAGUGCCUCAUCAAAAGUAAUGGAUGCUUUAGAAAACCGGCCACUUUUUAUCAAACUUAAGGGACUGGAAUGCUUUAGAGACUUUGAGGACAAGCCAUAUCUUGUUUACGCUCCUGUAGAAGUAAUUGGUGGCAAGGAACGACUUUUGUGUGCUUACGAUGUCAUCAACGAUGCGUUUGUUCGUGCUGGCUUGGCCGUUGGGUAUGAUAGGAAAAAUCUGAAGUUGCAUGUCACCCUUAUGAGCACACGUUUCAGGACAACGAUGAAGGAGAAACCGUUUGAUGCAAGAGCCAUUUUUAAACGGUAUGGUAACGAGGAAUGGGGCGAGUAUCGUAUAAGCGAAGCUCAUCUAUCUAAAAGGGGUGAAUUCAUGAGGAAUGGCUACUACCUCUGCUGUGCUUCACUUCCUUUCCCCUAAAACAUGCAAAAAGAAUGAUCCAUUCACCUUUGAGAUUUUACUGUUACCAAGAAAAUUUACCCUAGUUUGUACUGCAACUUAUCUGCUUGUAUUUCCAGUAAAAUUCACCUUUUGAAUAAAUAUGUAGCCUGAUAUCUCUAUAAUUUGCUCUGCCUGUAGCAAUAUUUCAUGGCAAUUGUAAGACCACGAAAUUGUAGUGAUGAGAAAAAAAGUGUAAGAUACACAGUGAUUUUUGUA